AUGGAAGAGAAACAAUUAGUCCCAGCCAUAUCCCUUCGAGAUUUCGAAAGUCGCCGAGACAUCAUCACCAAGGAGCUGGUGGAUGCAUGCGAACAUGCCGGGUUUUUGAAAUUGGUCGACCACGGCAUCACCAGGGAGGAAAUAGAGGCCCAAUUCGCCAUUUCAAAGGCCUAUUUCGAUCUCCCUCUGGACGUCAAAGCACGUAUCCCUCACGAUGUCAAGACCAACAAUGGAUGGGAAUACAAGUCCCAACUCCGACCCAGCACAAACGCUAUCGACCAGAAGGAGUCCUUCUGGCUGAUGAAGAACUCGCAAUGGCCCUCCGAUGAGGAGGUUCCGGGUUUCCGAAAGACCACGUCCCAGUUCAUGGCCAAGUGUGAACGUAUUUCCGACCAGGUACUCUCGUGCCUCUCUGUCGCACUGGGCUUCGAGGAAGACUACUUCCGCAAGGCAAUGGACGUGAAUGCCGAAGACUCCCUCACUCAGCUCCGCCUGCUGCACUACAUGGCCUCGGAGAAGGGUGCGGCGGGCACGUGGCGUGCCGGCACGCACACCGACAUAGGGUGUUUGACGCUCUUGUUCCAGAGGGACGGUGAGGACGGUCUUGAAAUCUGCCCUGGACGUGAGAGCUGCCACUCUUACGGCAUCGGAGAUACGUUCACGCCAUUGUCCGCUGAAACAGGACCGAUCGUUGUCAAUAUCGGAGACAUGUUAAUGGCAUGGUCCGAUGAUCGUCUCAAGGCCAAUUUCCAUCGUGUUCGAGCAAAGGAGGUCGGCCCGUCCCCUGAUCGGUACUCGAUUGCCUAUUUCAACACGGGUAGGAAGAACGUGGUCAUGCAAGGCCCGAAGAAGACAUAG